CGUGGUUGAAAAUUGACAGGUCAGGGCCAACAUUCUCUUCUUUACCAUCUCAAAAGCCUUGAGUGAUCACUAUCGAAUUUUUUUAGCAGCAAGUCUAGUUACUCAAAGACCCGAUUCACCAACUCACCUAACAGGACUCCUAUUCUAGCCACAGACUCAUUGCUCAUAUUUAUUAGACGUUGUCCCUACACAAUCAUUUCAUUACUAUAUCUAACAAUGUAUCGAGCCACUCCUAACUUGUCUACAACUCGGACAGUAGACAUGAAGAAGUCUCGUCAUGUAGUCCGGUCUCAUAGCUCAGAGAGUGAUUCCGAUGGCGUCGAUCAAGAUCACGGUCAUGAUAAAAGCAUCAUUAUUCCAACCAAAGUGGUAGCUACAACUGAUAUCUUUGAGAAGAAGGAAGACUCAUGGUUUGUUACUUCGCAAAUUCCAACAGAUCUAUCCGUUCAAGUUCAAGACAUCACUUUUACUGUUCACAAGUAUCCUUUGGUAUCAAAGUGUGGCUACAUAGGUCGUCUAGAACUUCAACCUUCAAUAUCAAAUUUUGGCUAUGAACUCAAACUUGAAAACUUCCCAGGUGGAUCGGAAGCAUUUGAAAUCAUUCUUAAAUUUUGUUAUGGUCUUCCAUUAGACUUAAACCCUAACAACAUAGCUGCACUAAGAUGUGCAUCGGAAUUUCUAGAGAUGAGUGAAGAACUUGAAGAUGGAAAUCUCAUCUCGAAGACAGAAGCUUUCCUUACAUUUGUGGUCCUCUCUUCAUGGAAAGAUACCAUCACUGUUCUUAAAUCCUGUGAAACUCUAUCUCCAUGGGCAGAAAAUCUCCAAAUUGUUAGAAGAUGCUGUGAUUCAAUUGCAUGGAAGGCUUCUAGAGACAACUCAACAGUGCACAAUAUAAUUAAUGAAGAAGGAUGGUGGUUUGAUGAUGUUGCUACACUUAGAACUGAUCAUUUUACGAGGAUUGUAACUGCAGUAAGGGCAAAAGGAGCAAAACCAGAGAUCACAGGUAAGUGUAUAAUGCACUAUGCAUCUAGAUGGUUGCCAGGCAUGGAUGUGGAAUUAGAAGGACUAAGAGGUUACGGGUAUGGAAAGAAUGAGUUGCAGUUCGGUAUCUUGUGUGGCAGGAAUAAAGAUGAAGGUGUUGGACACAGCAAGGAACAAAAAAAUAUAAUUGAAAGUAUAGUAAGAUUACUUCCUCCUCAACCAGAAGCUGUCCCAUGUAAGUUCUUGUUGAAGAUGUUAAAGAUGGCCAUAGUUUAUUCUGCAUCACCAGCUUUAAUUUCAGAGCUAGAGAUGAGAGUGGGGCUCACAUUGGAGAACGCCAGUGUGAAUGAUCUCCUAAUUCCUAAUUAUAAAACUGAAGAUCAAGCGAAAACAAUGAAGCACCCUGAACAUUGCGUGAUGUAUAACAUAGAAGUGGUGCAACGGAUUGUGGAAUACUUUUUGAUGCAUGAACAAGAGCAGCAGCAAUUGCAACCAAUGUCAGGGAAAUCAAAUGUCAGUAAGCUCAUGGACAACUACCUAGCUGAGAUCGCAAGGGACCCCAAUCUGUCCAUUACCAAAUUCCAAGUUUUGGCAGAAGUAUUACCAGAAAAUGCUCGAACAUGUGAUGAUGGUCUUUAUAGAUCCAUUGAUACCUACCUCAAGACUCAUCCCUCACUCUCAGAGCAUGACCGGAAAAGGCUAUGCAAAGUUAUGAACUGUGAGAAAUUAUCGCUUGAUGCGUGCAUGCAUGCUGCACAAAAUGACAGGUUGCCUAUGAGAACUGUGAUUCAGGUGUUGUUCUCAGAGCAAGUAAAGAUGAGGGAAGCAAUGAGAGGAAAAGAGCCAGCAGCAAGUGGCAAUAACUCAGAACAGGAGGUGAGCCAAACAUCGACAAAAGCAGAGAUCAUGACACUAAAAACAGAACUUGAGAAUGUGAAGGCAAAGAUGGCAGAACUACAGAGAGACUACUCUGAACUGCAACAUGAAUACGUAAAGAUAAACAGCAAGCAAAGACAUUUACCAGGCUGGAGUUUUAAUUGGAAAAAGAUCAGGAAAUCAUCUCUUUUCAGUAGAAAAACAGAAGCAGAAGAAACCAGUGAAGGACAGCAGAGAUCCAAUCCACUGAUCAGUAAGAUCAACUUCAGAAGAAGACAAUCCAUAUCAUAGUUUAAUAACAGAAAACAGAAAAAGAAAUUCUUUAAAACAAAAAGAAAAGCAAUGAAAUCCCAAUCGUCCAACUGUGACAAAGUUCAUUUAAUUCCAUAGUUACACUGUUUCCUUAAGCUAAUAACACCUAGUUCACCUGUAGAUAUCAUGUUCCCAGUAUCCUGCUUAAUCAUAAUAAAACUCUUUCACUUUCCCAAGAGAAACAAAACAACAAAUAACAUAAUAGUCUUUAUACUCUUAUGCCUAUUUUGAGAUGAGGACUUUAUAAUCCACGGAUUUUGUUAAAAUCAGUGGAAUUGUAAAAACCUAGGUUUUUAUAAGCUUUUUAAUUCCAUGGAUUCAUUCAUUCUCUCUUGU